AUGGGAGAGAACUUGUUCCGUUACAUUCCGCCUCGUGUGAGGGUAAAGAGACUAGACUACCUUCAAUAUGCGAGGAAGAAAGAAGAUGGAGUAUUGAUAUAUGCGGCUCACGCGGAUUACUACAUUCUUUUGCGGGUUUGCGCUAAAGUCACCGAGAUUGAUGCUAAAAAUAUGCAUAGAGGUGUAUUGAGCUUUGAAAAAAGAUUAGCUUGGAUUGAGAAAAGGAUAGAUCAGGUUUUGCAUCUAACUCCACCUUCAGUGACUCGUGAGGACGGUCGUGAUGGUGGAAAUGUUGUAGCAGAGAAUCAAGAUGACGAUCCCAGUGACAAGAAAGCAUGUUGA